AUGAGUGCUGUUGCUGUCAGUGAAGUCUCACUUAACACCCAUGAAAGCGGUAUCAAACCAUAUUUCGACCAGAAGGUCCAGGAAACAGAAUUGAAGAUUAGGGCCAAAACCCAAAAUCUAAGACGUUUGGAAGCACAGAGAAACGCUCUUAACGAUAAAGUGCGCUUCAUCAAAGAUGAGCUGCGGCUUCUACAGGAGCCUGGCUCAUAUGUUGGUGAGGUGGUGAAAGUGGUUUCGGACAAAAAGGUGCUCGUCAAAAUCCAGCCCGAGGGGAAGUAUAUUGUGGAUAUUGCCAAAGACAUCAAUGUCAAAGACCUCAAAGCUUCACAGCGCGUGUGUUUGAAGAGCGAUUCCUACGCACUGCAUAAAAUUUUGGAGAACAAAGUAGACCCCUUGGUGUCGCUCAUGAUGGUGGAAAAAGUGCCGGAUUCUACGUACGACAUGGUCGGAGGUUUGACAAAGCAGAUCAAAGAAAUCAAAGAGGUUAUUGAGCUACCUGUGAAGCAUCCGGAGUUGUUUGAAAGUCUCGGAAUCGCGCAACCGAAGGGUGUCAUUCUCUAUGGUCCUCCGGGAACAGGUAAAACACUGUUGGCGAGAGCUGUGGCGCACCACACCGACUGCAAAUUCAUCAGAGUCAGCGGUGCUGAACUUGUACAGAAAUACAUUGGUGAAGGGUCGCGAAUGGUGAGAGAGCUGUUUCUCAUGGCUCGCGAACAUGCCCCUUCCAUCAUUUUCAUGGACGAAAUCGAUUCUAUCGGUUCCAGUCGUGUCGAAGGAGGUUCCGGCGGUGGAGAUUCUGAGGUGCAAAGAACCAUGUUAGAACUCCUGAAUCAGCUUGACGGUUUUGAAACCUCUAAAGACAUCAAGAUCAUCAUGGCCACCAACAGAUUGGAUAUUCUGGAUCCAGCGCUAUUAAGGCCCGGCAGAAUCGACCGUAAGAUUGAGUUUCCACCACCAACUGUUGCCGCAAGAGCAGAAAUUUUGCGCAUUCACUCGCGUAAAAUGAACUUGACCCGUGGGAUCAAUUUGCGGAAAAUUGCAGAAAAGAUGAAUGGAUGUUCAGGCGCUGAUGUCAAAGGUGUUUGUACGGAAGCAGGGAUGUAUGCCCUUAGGGAAAGAAGGAUCCACGUUACUCAAGAAGACUUUGAGCUUGCGGUGGGUAAGGUUAUGAACAAGAAUGACGAAACUGCAAUCUCCGUCGCAAAACUAUUCAAGUGA